ACGGUGUGGUGCAUCUGCUGUUUUCGUAUAUAUUUGUGUGUAGCCGCGAGGAUAUCGAAAUAGCCUAACUGUGCUGGUAUACGGAAAUAUGAAGAGACGGAAUGCCGAGUGCGGGAAAAUCAGACGACCCGGCAAGCGAGCGAAAAUAACCGAAGGCAUUUACGGCAGCACGUUUGUGUACAUCAAGUUCCUCCUUUUGUGGGCACUGCUGCUGCUGGCCGAUUUCAUCCUGGAGCUGCGCUUUGAGUUCCUGUGGCCCUUCUGGCUGCUCCUGCGAAGCGUGUAUGAUUCGUUCAAGUACCAGGGACUGGCCUUCUCGCUGUUCUUUGUGUUCAUCGCCCUCACGUCAGACAUGAUCUGCUUCCUGUUCCUGCCCGUCCACGUCCUUUUCUUUGUGGCCAGCACGUAUGUGUGGGGGCAGUACGUCUGGCACACAGGUAUGGCUGAACGGGGCAUAUGUCUUCCGACCCUGUCGCUGUGGCUGUUUUUCAUGUACAUAGAGGCUACAGUGCGGCUCAAAGACAUAAAAAACACGGCCUUUCACUUAGACCUGUGCAGGCCGUUUGCAGCGCAUUGCAUAGGUUAUCCUAUGGUCACAAUGAGCUUCUGUGUCAAAAGCUACAUUGGCUACAGGAUGCGACUUAGAAAGCAGAAAGAAGUGGCCAAGGAAAACGACUUCUACCUUCAGCUAUUGCAGCAGGCGUUACCUCCCGAACCUCCCAGUAUAACAUCGAGCAGCUCUGACAAAUCACUGUGCAAAAUGGGAGAGGAAAGCCCCCCGGCCAGCAACGGGUUCCUGGGGAGUCGCAAGGCACGGUAUGCGGAGGCUGACGUCAAGAGCCACUCGUCUGCACCAACGGACAAGCACGAAUUUGAGUGCCAGCAGGCAGCCGACACAGAGGGCAGCACAGCACCACCGCCGCGUCGCACAUCCAGUGUGAACGACUUUGAUGCCAGCACCGAUGAAGUGCGCGACAAGACUGCUUUCAAAGUGAAUGGCGUUUGCAGCAACGGUGGCAGCAACGUGUUGUCUACCAGCGUCACAACGCGGUCAUCGAAGUGGAACCAGCAUCAGCAGCAGGCCAACUGCACCAAGGAGGCGGUGUCAACGGCCUCCGGUGGCAGCACAAGCCGGCGAGCGACCAAGAACAAUUGCACGACAACAAACAACAAUCUCAGCAAUUCGUCGCUCACGGCGAUGCCGCUUGCUGUUGUGGGCCACCAUCCUAGAGACGAGCACUAUCAAAGGCUGGAGGCAGACGUCAAGCGGCUCAAGACCGACCUGCAAGCAAGUCGACAGACUGAGCAGGAACUGCGGUCACAGCUGCACAGCCUAAGUGCAGGCGAGCGGUCUGUCAAAAACGAACUGCUCCAACUGCAGCAGGAUAAUGAGAGCCUGCAGAACAAGUUGCAUAAUCUGGUGACAGCGCGGCAGCAGGACAAGUCCAACGUUAAUCUGCUGGAGAAGCGGUUGCAGGAGGAGAGGAAGCUUCGUGGCGUCUUGGAGACGCAACUCAGCCAAGAGCGCAAGGCCAAGAAGGCCGAGGAGGCCGCAGCUGCACGGGCAGCGGUCGCCAUGGCCACAGCGAGGAGCGAGUGCACAGAGAGCUGCAAAGCGCGGCGGCGAGACCUCGAGAACGAUGUGCGGCAACUCAGGAGGGACCUCAAGGUCCGAGAAGAUCAGCUGCGUGCCAUGGAACGGGAGGCACAAUCUCUGCGGCAGUACAAAGACUCCAUUGGGGACACAGAGAUCCUCAUGUCUGCACUGUCAGCCAUGCAAGACAAGAACGCACACUUGGAGAACUCACUCAGUGCAGAGACGAGGUUAAAGAUGGAUCUCUUCUCAGCACUUGGCGAGGCAAAACGGCAGCAGGAGAUUUGCCAAGCAAUGCUGAACCACAAGGAGAAGGAGGUGGAGGACCUGAAGACCAAGAUAGCCGAGGUGAUGGCGGUGAUGCCCGCCACUAGCACCUACCCGGCAGCACCCGCACCGGUGUCGCUCGACUCGGAGCUGGUGUCAUCCCUCCUGUACAGCCCCAAGUUCAUCACGUCGCCCGGCCCCGCCACUGAAGAGAAGAAAAUCCCGAAGUCCAACCUGGACCCAAACGCCUCCGUCUACACGCCCAAGAUGGUCCCUUCUGACCAUUGAGCACUUUUGGCCUCACUCAAACGACAUACACACACACAACACCGCUUUCUUCUUCUUCCCAACUUGAAUGGUUUGUUGUACUUUCCCCCCUAAGGUGGCAGGAAGUCGUUAAAAAAAAAAAAAAAGACAUUUGUUGACGUACAGGAUUGUGACAUUUAUCAUUAUUAAUGGCCCGGGAGUGAAGACCGUCUAAUGAGGCAGUCCAAUCUGGCACCAUUAGUGCUGAUAACUAACGAGGCAUUGCAGUUGGAAAAGAGAGCGAAGAAGGAAAAAAAAAAGAUCGUCUAAAGAAGAGCCGCUGGUGCCUGCUGCCUCUGCUUUCUCGGGUAGUUAAUAAUCAUAACUGUGUCUUUUUCAUAGCUGUGGCCUCCUGUAGUUGCGGGAGCCAAGGUGAGCAAAACACACGUGCAGUUUUAGUUUUUUUUUUCCUUUGCACGUGGAUGCAGAGGAUGUUUGUCGCAAACUAUCGCUGCAUUCAUUUCGCUGUGCACACCCCUAUUCUUCCCCUUCGACACUCCCCUAUCACGCCUGCAUUGUGUGCGAGUAAUGUAUAUUUUAAGCCCGCUCGGCAAGCACGAAUUUCGUGCCUCACCGCGGGUUUUAGAAUAGACGACCGUCGUUUAUCGUCGUCGUUAUUGUGUUCGCUCUCGGGGUUGAUUUUCUCAUUUACCAACCCCUUGGCCAGCCGCUCGAAUGUUCAGAUUCUCUUGUUCCGGUCUUCUGUGUGCUGCCGCUAUUGCAAACGUCACCAAGCCUAUCAUUCACGCUGUCCUUUCUUUGAUGCUGGGAAGUGCUUGCUUAUUUCGCUCAUUCAAGUGCAGCGGAAUGCUUUCCGGUGUCUUUCUCAUGCGUCAAUGUAAAAAAAGCUUUCCACUGCGUGUGUCUCCUUCCCCUCCAGCUUUGCAAGCACUACCAUUUCUUCGUGUGAUUUGCGUAACGUUCAUGUCUUUAUUGUAAUGGACAGACCUCUUUUUUCUUUCUUGUACCUUUGGAACAGUUCUCACCCAGCAUCUUCUUUCUCCCCUCCUUUCCUUCCAACCUCUACUAAAAAAAGAAAUGCGGUCUUUCUUUUUGUUGUUUUCUGUGCACACAUUUUAGCUUGUUCACACAUCUGCCUGAUGGUUGUACAAAAGGGGUAACUUAUUUUUAUGUUUUCAUCAUCCAUGAGUGCCAUUGAGGAAAAAAAGAGCACUUGAUAAGGACGACCAGCCAGUCGAUAAAUGUGUUGCCGACAGGACAGGAAGUGUGCGCAGGGCAAGAACAGAGUUCCUUCGUGCAAGGUGAGGGUUAAAACAAAA